AUAAACCAUAAAAACUAUAAGGGCAUAUCGGAUCGUUCAUUGCGAUUCGAUAUUUUCGCAUGUGUACCGGUAAAUAAGUGAAUAUUUAUCUCAUUUAGAAUUCAGCAAAAUGUACAGCUAUCACGGCUCCUAUGCCGAUGAUGUUGCAGAGAGAGUGCCGGAUGAUUCCUAUAACGAUGAAUAUUCGCAAGAAAUCACCUCCGAUUUAUGGCAAGAAGCUUGUUGGAUUGUUAUCAGUGCUUUCUUUGACGAAAAAGGUUUGGUUAGACAACAACUGGACUCAUUUGAUGAAUUCAUUCAAAUGGCUGCCCAGAGAAUUGUGGAAGAUCAUCCAGUUAUUGAAUUACAAGCUGAAGCUCAACAUACGUCCGGUAAAAUAGAACAACCUACGAGAUACCAAUUAAAAUUUGUUCAAAUUUAUUUGGCAAAACCUCUUUAUUGGGAUAAACAAGGUGCAGCACAUCCAAUGAUGCCUAACGAAGCAAGAUUGCGAAAUCUUACAUAUUCAGCACCUCUCUAUGUUGAUAUUACUAAGACAACUCUAAGGGAGAAUGAGGAGCCAAUAAGUUCAAAUCAUACCAAACAAUAUAUCGGAAAGAUACCUAUUAUGCUUCGAAGUUCAUACUGCUUGUUACACGCUCUUGAAGAUCGUGAUUUGACAGAAUUAAAUGAAUGCCCUUUGGAUCCGGGAGGGUAUUUUGUAAUUAAUGGAUCUGAAAAAGUUUUAAUUGCUCAGGAAAAGAUGGCAACAAACACUGUUUAUGUGUUUGAUCAGAAAGACUCAAAAUACACAUAUAAAACCGAAAUUCGAUCUUGUUUGGAACAUUCAAGCAGGCCAACUAGCACAUUAUGGGUAAAUAUGCUGGCAAGAGGUGGUCAAGGUAAUAGAAAAAGCGCAAUCGGUCAAAGAAUCAUUACCAUUUUACCAUAUAUACGACAAGAAAUACCGGUUAUUAUUGUUUUUCGUGCCCUGGGCUUUGUAUCAGAUAGAGAUAUUCUGGAACAUAUUAUUUAUGACUUUGAUGAUCCGGAAAUGAUGGAAAUGGUGAAACCUUCUUUAGAUGAAGCUUUUGUUGUGCAAGAGCAGAAUAUUGCACUAAAUUUUAUCGGUGCCAGGGGGGCUCGACCUGGUGUAACAAAGGAAAAAAGAAUCAAAUAUGCAAGGGAAAUCUUACAGAAAGAAAUGUUACCUCAUGUAGGAGUCAGUGACUUUUGUGAGACAAAAAAAGCAUACUUCCUGGGAUAUAUGGUACACAGAUUACUAAUGACUGCCCUUGGAAGACGAGAAUGUGAUGACAGAGAUCAUUAUGGAAAUAAAAGACUCGAUUUAGCUGGUCCCCUUCUUGCUUUCCUGUUUCGAGGACUCUUUCGAAAUAUGACAAAAGAACUUCGUCUGUACGCUCAAAAGUUUAUUGACAGAGGAAAAGAUUUCGACGUAGGAGUUGCUAUAAAAACAGGUAUUAUUACGGAUGGAUUAAGAUAUUCAUUAGCCACUGGAAAUUGGGGAGAUCAAAAGAAGGCUCAUCAAGCCCGAGCUGGUGUUUCCCAGGUGUUGAAUCGAUUAACUUUUGUUUCAACUUUAUCACAUUUACGACGAGUUAAUUCACCAAUCGGUCGUGAUGGUAAAUUAGCUAGACCUCGUCAAUUGCAUAAUACACAAUGGGGUAUGGUAUGUCCAGCCGAAACACCAGAAGGAAGCUGUGUUGGUUUAGUGAAAAACUUGGCCUUAAUGGCGUAUAUCUCUGUUGGUUCUCAACCUUCACCCAUUUUGGAGUUUUUGGAAGAGUGGAGCAUGGAGAAUCUGGAAGAAGUUUCCCCAUCUAACAUAUCAGACGCCACAAAGAUAUUUGUAAACGGAUGUUGGGUUGGCGUACAUCGUGACCCCGAACAGUUAAUGAGUACUCUGAAGAAGUUAAGAAGGCAAAUGGACGUUGUUGUGUCUGAAGUAUCUAUGUAUAGAGAUAUAAGAGAUCGAGAAAUUCGAAUAUUUACUGAUGCUGGAAGAAUUUGUAGGCCACUGCUAAUUGUUGAAAGAGACAAAGAUCAACCAAAAUUGUUGUUAAAGCGUCGUCAUAUAGAAUUAUUAAAGGAAAGAGAAUAUAACAAUUACUCUUGGCAGGAUUUAGUGGCAUCCGGUGUAGUCGAAUAUAUUGAUACAAUGGAAGAAGAAACUAUCAUGUGUGCUAUGAUUCCUGAAGAUAUUUACGAUAACGAAUCGUCUUUCUGUUCAACCUAUACACAUUGUGAAAUUCAUCCAGCUAUGAUUUUAGGAGUGUGUGCUUCAAUUAUACCGUUUCCCGAUCACAACCAGAGUCCCCGUAAUACUUAUCAAAGCGCUAUGGGAAAACAAGCAAUGGGUGUUUAUAUUACAAACUAUCACGUCAGAAUGGACACACUAGCCCAUGUUUUGUGGUAUCCACAAAAACCACUCGUUACAACUAGAUCUAUGGAAUAUUUGAGAUUUAGAGAAUUACCUGCGGGAAUUAAUGCUAUUGUUGCAAUUGCUUCUUAUACUGGAUAUAAUCAAGAAGAUUCAAUCAUUAUGAACGAAGGAGCAGUUGAUCGUGGCUUUUUCAGAUCCAUCUUUUAUCGAAGUUAUAAAGACCAGGAAAGUAAAAAGAGUUUUGGACAGGAGGAAAUAUUUGAAAAGCCCGAUCGUGCAACUGUUAUGGGUAUAAGACACGCAGUGUAUGAUAAAUUAGAUGAAGAUGGAAUAAUUGCACCUGGAAUUAGAGUUUCAGGAGAUGACGUUUUAAUUGGAAAGACUAUAACACUUCCAGAAAAUGAUGAUGAUUUGGAUGCCAAUCAACAACGUUUUACUAAACGAGAUGCUAGUGUGUUUAUGAGACGAUCAGAAACAGGAAUUGUUGACCAAGUUAUGGUGACUCUAAAUAACGAAGAUUAUAAAUUUUGCAAGAUUCGAGUCAGAACUGUUAAAGUACCUCAAAUAGGAGACAAAUUCGCCUCCAGGCACGGUCAGAAGGGUACUUGCGGUAUUCGUUAUAGACAAGAGGACAUGCCGUUCACUUGCGAAGGAAUAACCCCAGAUGUUAUUAUAAAUCCCCAUGCUGUACCUAGCAGAAUGACAAUUGGGCAUUUAAUCGAAUGUUUACAAGGUAAAGUAUCUGCAAAUAAAGGAGAAAUCGGUGAUGCAACUCCAUUUAACGACGCCGUCAACGUACAAAAAAUUUCCAGUCUAUUACACGAAUACAAUUAUCAACUUCGUGGAAAUGAAGUUUUAUACAACGGUCACACCGGUCGUAAGCUAAAUUCUCAGAUAUUUGUUGGACCUACAUAUUAUCAACGUUUGAAACAUAUGGUAGACGACAAAAUUCACUCCAGAGCGAGAGGACCAGUCCAAAUAUUAAAUAGACAACCUAUGGAAGGUAGAUCUCGCGAUGGUGGACUACGUUUCGGUGAAAUGGAGCGUGAUUGUCAAAUCGCCCACGGAGCAGCGCAAUUCUUGCGAGAACGUCUCUUUGAAGUUUCGGAUCCUUAUCGUGUCCACGUUUGCAAUUUAUGCGGCUUAAUUGCAAUUGCAAAUCUACGAAAUCAUACUUUUGAGUGUAAAGGAUGCAAAAACAAAACUAGAAUAUCCCAAGUUAAGAUUCCUUACGCUUGUAAAUUACUGUUUCAAGAACUUAUGUCAAUGAGUAUAGCGCCAAGAAUGAUGAUUAAUUAAAAUUCUUUAUCAUUUCUUAUGCAUUUUUUUUUUUAAAAGUAUGGUUAGUUUUCUUUCUUUGUACAUAAUAAACACUUAACGCAAGUUUUGAUGAUUGUAAGAUCAUAGACAUGUAUGGAAAUUAUUUACGUAAGAAUUGUAAACGAAAAAUAUUCAAAUAUUUUUCAAAUGUUUGAAUACUCUUGAUUGUAUAACGAAGAAUAUUAUUCGAAUUGGAUUGGAAGCUUUUGUUUAAGGCGUCUACUUCAUUAAAUAUUCAAUAGAUAAAGUGAUAUAAAAAGCCUGUGCAAAGAUGAAUAAAGAGAUCAAUAGCGAAUCAAAUCAUUCAAAAAACAGUUCGUUGAAUUUGA